UGAGAUUAUAAAUGCGGUAGUAGACGAGGAUUGUAUGAAGUUGUCACGGUGCACUUGUCGCAUGAUGGCGCAACAUGUUGUCUGUUCAAGCACACCGACAGCUCUUUUAUUACUUGUUUUUGUAACAUCCAAUUUAGUAAGCGUUAAUACAUUUACAAAAGUGAAAGUAUCUGAUAAUUUGAAUGUCAAAUCAGUGAACGUCUUAAUUAAAAAAGACCCUGUCGCGGGAGAGAACGUGUCUUCUAGUUCUGGUUUCUUGAUUGAAGUUCUUGGCACCGGCCUCGAGAAUAAUGUUUCAUUACGUUGGUCACGUACAUUCGAUAAUUGCGAUUCAAAAAAUAAAUUAAGUGCAAUUUGGAUCUCACCAAAUGGCAGUCGGGCUAUAUAUAAGUUCGACAAAGUUCCUAAUUUUAAGGUUACCACGAUCUAUUUCUGUCUAAAAAUUGUCAGCAUAUUCGGUGAAAUAUGGACCAAUCUUGGAAGCAAUUUUACUAUCAGAUCGCCAAUACAGUCAAAAAAAUAUUUUCGUAUGCGUCGUGCCAAUUUGUUACCCAGUGUCAAUGAUGACCCCAAAAAUCUGUUGACUCAAGAAAUCCAUACAGAUGUGUUUAUUGAGGGUCUCAGAAUAGAGACAUCAGAAAAGGAUCCUAGUUAUAGAGAGGAUGGCAUUCCAGAAAUACUUGCUGGAAGUAAGACAGUUAUAAGAUUAUUUGGUUUUGGUUUCACGGAAGAUACUUGGAUUACUUUUACUGAUGAACCUGCUAAAAGGGGUAGUAUUUGCGAUAAGAUUAAAAGCAAUGCAUUUUUAAUGAAAAAUGUAAGAAAUAAUUCUGCAACUGUUGAUGUGGUAUUACCUCUUGGUUCACCUUUUUACAUAUGUGUAAAACAAGCAGUAUAUGGAGAACAAGGUUCAAACCUUUUACUUUUUAAACAUCAAGGCACCGAAUCAUGGAAAACUAUAUAUACAUAUGAAAAAUUCUUACCACUUUGGCUUAGUAUUUUAAUUAUUCUUAUGUGUCUUACUUUUUCUGCCUUAUUUUCUGGUUUGAAUUUGGGAUUAAUGGCAAUGGAUAGAACUGAAUUGAAGAUACUUUGUAAUACUGGAACAGAAAAGGAAAAACAAUAUGCAAGAACAAUACAACCAGUGCGAAAUCAUGGGAAUUAUUUGUUAUGUUCAAUUUUAUUCUCCAAUGUUUUGGUGAAUUCGAUUUUUACUAUUUUGUUAGAUGAUUUAACUUCUGGAUUAGUUGCUGUUAUUUGCUCUACUCUAGCCAUUGUAAUUUUUGGUGAAAUUUCACCACAGGCCAUUUGCAGUAGACAUGGAUUAUGUAUUGGAGCAAAAACUAUUUAUAUGACAAAAUUAACUAUGAUAAUUACAUUUCCAUUGAGUUAUCCUAUUAGUAAACUUUUAGAUUUUCUUCUUGGAGAAGAAAUCGGCAAUGUGUAUAAUCGUGAACGAUUAAAGGAACUUGUAAGGGUAACAACAGGAUAUAAUGAUUUAGAAAAGGAUGAAGUGAAUAUUAUUGCUGGAGCAUUAGAAUUGCGGAAAAAAACUGUUACAGAUGUAAUGACAAAAAUUGAAGAUGUAUAUAUGUUGAAUUACAAUGCCAUUUUAGAUUUUGAAACAGUAUCAGAAAUUAUGAAAUCAGGUUUCUCUCGUAUACCAGUAUAUGAAGGUGUAAGAACAAAUAUUGUAACAAUGCUUUAUAUCAAAGAUCUUGCAUUUGUCGAUCCAGAUGAUAAUAUGCCACUAAAAACUUUAUGCCAAUUUUAUCAAAAUCCAUGCAACUUCAUUUUUGAAGAUGUUACACUGGACAUUAUGUUUAAACAAUUUAAAGAAGGUAAUAAAGGUCACAUGGCUUUUGUUCAAAGGGUUAAUAACGAAGGUGAAGGCGAUCCUUUUUAUGAAGUAAUAGGAUUAGUUACAUUAGAAGAUGUUAUAGAAGAAUUAAUUCAGGCUGAGAUCAUGGAUGAAACUGAUGUUUUCACGGAUAAUAGAACUAAGCGCAGAAGACAAGCUAGGCAUAAAAUACAAGAUUUUACCGUCUUUGCAGAGAAGAAAGAAAAUCAACGAAUUCAUAUAUCGCCUCAAUUAACAUUGGCUAUGUUUCAGUAUUUGUCUACAACUGUAGAUGCUUUUAAGCCCGAUACAAUAUCGGAAACUAUUUUGCGUCGUUUGCUUAAACAAGAUAUUAUUUAUCACAUCAAAGUGAAAUCACGCGAAAAAGCAAGAAAUGAUCCGGCAGCGGUAAUAUAUCAACAAGGAAAAGCGGUUGACUACUUCGUUUUAAUCCUAGAAGGUCGAGUUGAAGUUACAGUGGGAAAAGAAAAUAUGAUGUUCGAAAGUGGCCCGUUUACGUAUUUUGGUUCUCAAGCACUUACUGUUAAUGUUGGAAUUGCCGAAUCACCUACCAAUACAAAUCCUCAAACAGUGGGAAGCAUACAAUCGAUCAAUUUAGAUUCUAUGUUACGGUAUACAUUUGUUCCCGAUUAUACAGUACGAGCAGUGUCGGAAGUGUUCUAUGUUAAAAUUAAAAGAUCUUUAUAUUUGGCUGCAAAACGAGCCACACUUCUAGAGAGAAGUCAGAAAGAUUCAUUACCUGGUCAGGAACAAUUCGACGACGAAGUAGAAAAGUUACUACAUUCUUUGGAUGAAGAUGAUCGUAGCAUGCCAGAAUCUCCAGUAUUGCCUAUUGAUAAAGAAAAAGAAAAUAAAAACGAAAAGGAGAAAGAAAAAGAUAACGUGCAAUCACCUGUCCAUAGUGCCACUGCUCCAACUUCACCUGCUCCAGUCAGUGCUAGUCCAGUUACACAUUCAAAAUUCAUCUCUUAUAGUGAUCAUAAUGGAAAGCUUAAAAAUUCGCCGGCAAAGGCAACGAUUGUAAUCAACCCCAGUCAAACACAAGCUAAAUUAGAUUUAAAUACAGAGAUUCUGGCUCGUCAAGAAGCAAACAGAGCUAUAUCAGCGAAAAAAUUAAUUGAAGACGAAGAAAGAACAAAUCUCCUGCCUAAACAAGAAGACUCUUAACGUUCGGAGAAUAGUCGACGGUAUGUAAAUGAGUCGACAUUAACACUGCAGGUAUCAAACAACGAAGAGCAGGAAAAACCUCUAUGACAUACAAUGCUAUCACGGCAUUAGGUACUUAACAAAUUACUUAAAUAUUUAUCGCAAAACAAAUUGAUAGUUGAUUUUGUGUAUUUUAAGUUUUAAAUAGUUGGUUCGUGGAAAGCAUCCAUGAUAUGUAUCCUAGUUCUAUAAAGUUAGUACGCUCAGGGAAGAUUGCCAAAAUUUCAGAUACUCAUAUAUAUUUAAUUCUUUUUGUAAUUUACGUAAACAAUUUAAUACGUAAUUAAAAUUUAAACCCAUGUUCAAUUGAUAAAUGUUGCAUAAUUUUUUCUUUUACAUAUAUUUUAUAUCUUAAAAGAGCGGAACACUUAUUGAAGAUCGUAUAUUCUCAUUAUUGUAGAAAAAUCAUUUUUUAUUUAUCACAAAAUGCAUAUAUAUUUUUCAACAUAUGAUUCUUAAACAUUUGUAAAUAUCACUCUACCAUGCAUUUUUUCAUAAAAACAAUACUUAUGAAAUGUGCAUUUUAUGUCGAUAAAAUACACAUUUACAUGACAUUUCUUAAUGAUUAUACAUAAACAAUUGCCGUUGUUAUGCUUAUAUCUUAUAAAGUAAAAGAAGUUUUAAAAAUUUUUAACACAAAGUAAUUUGCAACAAAAUUUGCAAUUGUAUAAUUACAAUUAGGUUUUUUUUACAUUUCUUACAUUAUUAAAUUAAAAAAACUUUAGUCAAAAAUAUAAUACAUGUAAUACAGUUAACUUAUAGCUUCAAAUAUAAAAUUUUUGAAUAUUAAAAAAAAUUUUUGAAUAUUAAAAAUUGGAGGAGAUUCUGCAAAUUUUAAUCAAAAUUCAGCAAUUUAAUCAUAUCACUAAGCAAUUUUGUAGUUUCUUUUUUCGCAGUUAUAACUAUUACAUUCUAGUAUGAUAUGCUUUGUGAAAAAUAGAACCUUGCAUUGUUUGCAGAUAGGGGAUGAUGAUUAUUCAGUAAAUAUGAAUAUGAUAGUACUGUGUGGCUUAUCUUAAUUCUAAUUAAUUAGAUUGAGCUGUUUGAUUGAAUAUGCUUGGGAACAUAUGUGUCUAUGUGUCCCAUCCCAUAUUUUUUUAUAUAUCUCCCAACUAACUGUUUUGAUGCUUUAUUAGCUUAUUCAUUCCCCUGAAUACCAACAUGUGAUAAUAUUUAGAUUGUUUCAUGUUUUCUUUUUUGGUUACUAAAGUAUAUUUCUGGAAUUUCUUGAGUGAGUGAGUUUGAAUUUGUCAUAUUGCUAAUUUUCUUUUUUCCCUUUUUUCAAGAAUCACCAUAACUUUUUUGUCUUUAGGAAGAACUCUACUAUAGAAAAUGUGUCCUUGAUACAUCUUCUAUAGUAUAAUUUCUCUAGAAGAAAGUGAUUGUAAUUUAUCUCGUUGUAUGGCUUGAGUGUCAAGAUAUUCAAUUAUAUUUGGUCCUUAAUCUCCUUCAUAACAGUUUCCACUUUAGAUUCUAUUCUUUUCACACAGGAAUAGACUGAUUUAAAAAUAGCAGUUUCAGAUCUUGUCUCUGUUAAUUUUUGGAUCUUUGGUUUGGUGAAGACAGGUGGGGGCACUUUCGAUUCUUUUGCUGGUCUGUCUUUUUACGCGUAUAAAAAAUUUCUUUGGAAAGUUGUCUUUUUUAAGGAUACCUGUGAAGGCCUCAUCUGUUGAAUCAUCUUUGUCAGUUGCCAUGAAUAAAUACAUGAUUUGUUCAUCUACUUAGUCUGAGUGGGUUCUAUUCAGAUGUAUUCAAUUAAAAUCUUGUUAUAAUAGAAGAUUUAAAAAACUCUGAAUGUAUAAUUCAACAUAUUUUUUAGACGCAUACGAAACAACAUGUUUUUCUUCGGUUAUCUUGUAUUUCUUCAAUUCAAUCAAUUCAAUCAUAUUUCUUACACAAAUGUGAAUAGUGUAAAUAGAAGGAACAAAUUGUCCCCAUUUGUAAUGAAUUAUGAGACCCUCGAUGUAAAAAUACUAUGUAUUUUAUUCAGUGCCUUAAAAGAUUUAUAAACUGUGUUUAAUCGUGUUUAACAAAUUGCAUUUUAAUAGGAAAUAGAUAUAAUUUUCAUAGUAAAUUCAAACUAUAUGUUCAUCUAAAUUUGCUAUGAUAAAGUUCAAUUAAAUUAAUUUUCAACUUGAAAUAGAAUUCCUCCUUUUUAUAAACUUUCAUUUAUUUAUUAAGUGUGUAUAAUAUGAAUAAUUGUGUGUUUUUAGAAAGAAAGAAAAAAAAUGUUGAGCGAUAACACAAUGGUACAAUCUCUGCAGAAAAAUAGCGAAUUUCAAAAAGUUCGAUAUUUUAAUAAUAUAUGCCUAAUAUGUGCUUUUAUUCCAAUUAUUAUAUUUUUAUUACUAUACAAAGAAGUAUAUCAAAUAUAAAAUUUCAUGUUCAACAUUUGCACAUAUCUUAAGUUCCAUAUAAGUUGAUAGUUUGAAAUAUUUUAUGAAUAGAAAUUUUUUCUAAAUUUUGAAGCAUCUAUAAUUAAAAACUUAAAUAUAAAAGCAUCUGUAAUUAAAAACUUAAAUACACAAAAAGAAAUUUAAUUUUUUUUUAUAAAAAAAGUUCAGUUUCUGUAUUUAAUUCAACAAGUCUAUAAUAUAGAAUUUCUAGAAUAGACUUGUAAUUUUAGAUUUAAAUCAUUACAAUUUAUUAUUUUUUUUUAAAUCUAAUAGAAACUAUUACUGCCAUAUUUUUAAACUUAUAAAUAUUUCAGUACUUCUUUUAAAUAAUUUUUAAAGAUAUGUAUUACAUUUAAAAACAGUUACUCUCAUUACUUGUAAAUAAUUAUUCAAAAAUUAAAUGAGAUAAUAUAAUUUCAAAUUACAAAAGCUGAUACAUCUACAAAAUAAUAUCCAUUUUAGCGUAACAUAAGUUUCAAAUUUAAAAAAAUAAUUCAAAUUUUAU